GAACUUUUGGAAAGCAUGUUAUUCUCAGGUAGUUUUAUUUCAGUUUGAAAUAGAAUUGAAAUUGAGCAAUUGGGAAACCAUUGAGACAUUGAUAUUAUAUGUUUGAAGUGAAUGAGACCGUAAUCAAUCUUAUUUUAUCGGUAAAGUGUAAAGCCAGUAUAAAAACAAAAGUCUUAAGAAUAAUUAUAGAAGAUUCUUUAAACCACAGUUAUACCAAAUUUCCCGUUAUUUUAAGAUGGACACGAAAUUUUAUGGAUAUAAUUGUUGAUUUUGAAGAUGAGAAUUGUAUAAGCCUACUUUCGAGAAUUUAUUCUAGAAUUCGAGCAUCAGAAAAAAAAGAAAUUAAUAUGAUUUAUAAUGAAAUUGAGUGGUUAACGACAAAAUGUUGGAAUGAAGGUGUCUCUUUAAUAAUGUCUGGGAAAAGUGAAGGUGGAUCAGCCUGGUGCAAACAAGCUAUAAAAUUUUCGCCUUUCGUAAACGAAAGGCUUGAGAGUCAGCUCUUAGAGUUGUGGCCCGAAUUAACAAAAGCCGCUGAUUGCUCAAACAACUGAGUUAGCAGUCCAACCUAAAUCAGCGUAUUGGAAUAAUUGCACGCUGACAAUCGCCCAAAUGAUUA